GUAAACAGCUUUUCAGGCUCGGUUUCCCGUAGCUGAAAUUCAUUACUAAAAUGUAUCUAUAUUCUGUUCCCAGAUAUCCACUCCUUAAUGAUGUUAGCUUACAGCGUGGAAGAGAUUUUAAGAAAAGCCAAAAACUUUUUGUAUUUAAUGGAAUCCGAAUGGAAAAAAAUGAAGGAUACAAUGAAUCAGUUACAUGUCAAAGUGAGCCAACACAUGAUUGUCUUUUUGGAAAAAAAUUUACAGAAAAUAAACUCUGUUUUGAUGCUUAUUAUAAAGAUAGUACUACUGGUGAAUAUAAAACAUGCAAAGUGCUUUAUUACUUGGAAGAUGGUUCCAUUAAGAUUUAUGAUCCAAAGUUAAAGAAAAUUAAUCAAGACAAGGGUUGCUUGAUUACAAGACAAAAAUUAAAAAAGACAAUUACUAAUGUUUGGAAGAAUGAUACAUUUUAUACAAUUCAAGAUUUUAAUAUUGGAACAUGCCUAGAAAUUUAUGGAAAUAAAUAUACAUUGAUUAAUUGUGACUCCUUCACAAACGAAUUUUUAACAAACACGGGUUUCAAACUGAAAACACCUAUUGCUGAAUUUUCUCAUUUACUGCCUGAGAGUGAGAUACAAAAAGACUUUCGCCGAAGAACAGCUACUCAAAAGGCCUAUAAAUUAGCCCACUUUCUUGAAACCUACCCCAAAAUGCUUCGCUUCUAUGGAAUAUGGGAAGACAACAAAGUUCCAAAGGACAAAAAAUUAUAUAUCAUACUCCUUGUUAGUCUUACUGAUGGUACAUUCAAAAUUAUCGAAGAUCGGGAACUUGAUUCGCGGUCUUAUGACUCUCGUCUUGUCUUAAAACCAUCACUAAUUCCAAAGGUACAUAUAUCUUCUGUAGCGGUCUUCGCAAAGGAUAUUAAUGUUGUCAUGUGUCUGAAUUGGCGAGAAACAAACAGUUACAGAUUCAGAGUAAAACCAGAAGAAUUUUUAACUGAACUAGAUCUUGAUUUAGGCAUGUUUUUCAACAUGUACGGCUACCAACUCUUUUUAUAUGACUGUGAUGCAUAUACAAAGGAAUACUACUACACUCAGCAUAAAAAAAAUUUAAUGCCAGUCCCCAAACCUAUGAUACCAGAAAAGAAAAUACUGUAACAAAUGUCUAUUUGAUAUAUUAUAAGCAACUAUCUGAAGUGAGAAAUGCUGCUUGAUGAAGAUUUGAAAAAAAAUAUUGUUGUGUGAAGAAAGAAUUGCAAUCUGAAGUUUUUUUUUUUUUUUUUUUUUAAACGGUAUAAUGUUUCACUGAUGAAGAAAAAUAUGCACAUUAUUUUAUACAGAAUCAACACUCAUAAUAAUUAUGUGCAUAAUUUUAACAAAAAUAGUACCAAAUCUGAAAUUGGAACAUCUAAUAUUUGGACUACCAGCAUUUGUUUUUAAACCAAGUAUAGGAAUGAAGAAUAUCACACUAAAAAAUAAAGAAGUAGGUAUGGGCAUAAAAAUGACUUUUCUUUUAUAUCUGAGAUUCCCGUAUGUCUCUUGCAAACACCUGCUAACUAGGGAAUCAGAGUAUGGCCAAUCACAAUACAUUGAUUGAUGUUAGCCACAACCAUGCUUUCAGGGCUUGAGGAAAUUGUGGAGAGGGGAUUAAAUUUUCCUAUCUGACCUAAAGAAUACGUAAAGGCCUAUGAUAUAUUUAUUUGGAAUUGGACAUUGCUCAUACAAGUUUUCUUUUGUUGACCUAACAACAGGGAAGGCAAAAAGAAUUAGAUUCCGAAGAAAUUUUCUGUUAACAUAGCAAUUAUAAUUAUUUACUAGUUUUCUUUUGUUGGCAUAGUAGCUGAGAAGAGAGAAAAAUUAUGUUCUGAAGAACUUAAGUUCAGUUAAUAUAGCUAACUGCACUCUUCCUUAACUUUUUCAUUUGAUCCAGCUUAUUAUUUUUUUGUUUUUACAGCUAUCUUACAGUUUUUCCAGCUAUCUUAAUGAAAAAUUCAAACUUUAAUUUUGAUAUGUCAAGAACAGUUUUCAGUUUUGGAGCUGUAACAGGAUCUGCAAAGCAAAAGCAUAUUUAGUACUUGUUUUCCAUAGUGUCCUUGGCAAGGAAAAAGGUACUCUUCUGUUAUCAGGACCAAAGUCGGAAAUGUAUGUAUGGAUGGAUUGAUGUGUUCCUGUAUGUGUGUAAUAUAUGUACGUAUGUAUGUAUGUGUUUAUAAACACAACUGUAUGCAUAUGCAUACAUAUAUGUACGGAUGGAUGUAUUCAUGCUUGUGUGUAUAUAUGUACAUAUGUAUGUGUGUGUAUAAAUACACACAUGCAAUCCAAAUGCACACAUACAAAUCUGCAUGCAUACAUACAUUUCUGAAUCUAGUCCCAAUAACAGAAGAGUACCAGAAUAAAUAUUAUUCGGACAAUUUUGGGCUUAAGAAAGUGCAUUUUCAAAACUAUACAAAACAGAAAUCUAUACAAAACAGAAAUCUUCUUUUAUAGUUUGAAUGCUAUAGAAGGCAAAAUUUUCCAGUUGAAGAAAUAGUGAGAAAAGUCAAUAAAUAUAGAUGAUGUUACAAAUGAUUUUCAUUACGAUGACAAUGCUGCAAUCAGCAAUUAACUAAUGAAUGGCAAAAUCUGCAGUACUGUUUAAAAUCCAGAAAAUAUCACUAUUGAUAGUGAAGAAAGUGAAAAAGAGGUUUUUGAGAACGAAAAGAUUUUGAUUGAGAAUCUAGUCAGAAUUUUAGAUGUCGCAACUACAGGACUUGAAUAACGGAACUUUGCAACUGAAGAAGAAACGAAGCAACUUAAACAACUUAUAUUGAAAGAAAUUAUUAAUAAAGCAAACAAAUAAAUAUCAAGCUUUUUUUAAAUAAAUUUCGAUUCCUUUAAGGUUAUAAAUGCUUUAAUAUUGCAUAAACCACUAUUUUAUGUUUUUAAUUUUAUAAUUUUUACAUGUUGUUUUACUAGAUUUAAACUGAUGACCUAAAAUCUGGAAUUGCCAAAGACCCGAUGAUUAUGGAUCUUGGACGUUGUACUCUACUUGAUUUAAAUAAAUACUAGUUAAUAAUAUUUGCUUAAAUAAAAUUAAUAGUUGUAUUGAAUUUCAGUAUUUUCAUCUUUUCACAUUUUAGAAGUUUUUGAAUGUUUAUGUAAACAUGUGAACUGGCAAUAAAAUGGUUUUACUUCAG